AUGCCGGCUAUUUUAAUACCUUCGAUAGCUGAUUUGCAAUUCAUAACUUUGAGCCUUGUGCAUGAUACGUAUCUUACCCACAAUUCUCCGUCUGUGAGGAAGACGCACUGCAGUGGUCAGAAACACAAAGAGAAUGUGAAAGAGAAUUACCAGAAAUGGAUGGAAGAGCAGGCCCAGAGUCUGACUGACAAAACAACGGCUGUGUUUUAUCAAGGAAAAAUCCCUCCAGCUCCAUUCUCUGCUCCUCCACCUGCAGAGGCCAUGAUCCCGCCUCCCCCCAGUCUCCCAGGUCCUCCUCGGCAUGGCAUGAUACCUGCACCCCACAUGGGAGGCCCUCCUGUGAUGCCAAUGAUGGGCCUUCCUCCUCCUGGGAUGAUGCCUGUGGGACCAGCUCCUGGGAUGAGACCACCCAUGGGAGGCCACAUGUCCAUGAUGCCCCGGCCUCGGAUGAUGAGACCUCCCACCCGCCCUAUGAUGGUGUCCACACGGCCUGGCAUGACCUGGCUAGACAGACAGAUAAGCGCACAAGUGCUCUUUAUUGUUUUGUAUGUCUUGUUGUCUCAUCGGGAGACCUUGGUGCUGUGCCUAAGUGUUUACUAG